AUGGCGAGACUGGAGCUCGCCGAUACCUUGUCUACUGAUACUGACCAUGAGCUUAGAACUGCGGAAAUUGCGGCCAAUUCUCCUCGUUUUCGUCGAAGAUCUUCGACUUUCAUCGAUGGAGUCCAUGAUUUGCCAGAUGAGAAGGCCACUAUGGCACCGGCUCAAUUGUAUUCAACUGAGUCAGGUAGACUUUUCCAUUCUGGAAGAAUCGCUAUCGUCCUAGUUGGUCUUCCUGCCCGUGGCAAAACACACAUCUCUGUAUCUCUUUCGCGUUAUUUACAAUGGUUGGGUGUUAAGACAAGAAUCUUCCAUCUAGGAGACUAUCGUCGUGCUACAAUGGGUCCAGGUCAGGAUGUCCCUGAUGACUAUUUCUUUAUCAAUGCAUCUGCUGCUUCAGUUAUGCUUAGACAAAAGAUUCUCAAGAAGUGCCGUGAAGAUAUUUAUGCCUGGCUCAAUCAUGAAAAUGGUCAAGUUGCUAUCUAUGAUGCUGUCAACCCACUUUCUGGUGGUCGCAGAUCUCUGGCAAAAGAAUUUGCUAAACAUGAUGUUCAGACGUUGUUCCUUGAAUCAUAUGUUACGGAUGAAAAGAUACUUCAGGAGAAUGCUCGAAGUGUCAAAAUAUCAUCUCCAGAUGUAAACCUCCCUUCAGAGUGUUGGAAGUACCAGGAUGAUGCUAAGAUACCACAAUCGCAGUUUGUUGGCAUGGAUCCUGAGGAUGCUGCCAAACUUUAUCUCAAGAGGAUUGACAUGAAAAUUCCUCAUUUCGAAACUAUGACUGAACCUGACCUUAACUAUGUUAAAAUGAUCAACGCUGGCGAGCGCAUCGAUUAUAACAAUGUCAGUUUUGGCUACCUUUCCCAUCGGAUCGUCUUCUACCUCAUGAAUCUACAUAUUAAAUCCCGUCAAACAUUUUUCGCUCGUGCAGGCACAUCUAGUCUUGAUGAUUCCUACAAAGCCGAUGCAUCACUCUCUGAUGAAGGCCGAGAAUACGCGAAGAAAAUGUCUGAUGCAUUACUCAAACAUCGUGAAGAGGAAAGAGCGGCUUCUAUCGCAGCAGGUGGUUCUGAUGCACCUCUUAAGCCUCUAACAGUGUGGUCUUCGACUAGAAAGAGAACGGUAGAGACCGCAGAGUAUCUUAAAGGAAAGGGAUUUAGAGUUAGACAGAGAAGUCAAAUGAGUCAGCUGAAUCCGGGAAUUUGUGAGAAGUUGAGUGAGAAGGCGAUGAAGAGACUGUAUCCCGACGAGGUUAGGAUGCAUGAGUUGGAUCCUUAUCAUCAUAGAUACCCGCGUGCUGAGUCAUACCACGAUCUCGCAGUCCGCAUGGAACCAAUCAUUCUCGAGCUCGAGAGAGAACAAAAUGACUUACUGAUUAUUGCUCAUGAGUCUGUUUUGAGGGUUCUUUAUGGUUAUCUUAUGGCUUGUGAUGCUAUGAAUAUUCCUACGCUCAAGUUCCCUAGAAAUGAAAUUAUUGAGAUCAUUCCCGCCUCCUACCAAAACGAAGCAAAACGCAUCCACAUCGAUGGACUCGCACCCGAAAUUAUUCCGGGCUCCCCAGAAGAUAUUAGAAUUCCUGUUCCACCAUCUACUGCUCCUUCGGGCGUUCAAAGUCCCUUUUCGGGGAUCGGAACGCCAGCUUUGGGAGGCAGUGGGGUGGCUACACCUGCCGGGGAGAAGAUUGGAGGAGAGAAAGGGGAGGUGAAAGGAAUCAAUCCUCUGUCGCAAGAUUAGGGGCGAGAGACUUUUUGGGAGAUGUAGGAAGGGGGAGAUGACGAGGGGGAAAAUUGGAAACGGAGGAGAUUGAUCGUUCGAGAUAGGAUGAGAUGAAAAUGAUACGCCAGGAACGCAGAGAGGCAUGCGAAUGUCGGAAAUGGACAUGAAUAUAAAUAUAAGAAGAGCUUUUCUUCACCUCAUCUAUCGUUACGUCGUGUUAUACUGCAAUAUGCUUGAUUUUAUAUUCUAGCCCGUGCCAGCUAGAAUUGAAUAGCGAGCACUGAGUUCUUGAGAUUCAUCGGAUAAUUUCCAUCUAUGAUUCGUAUUCUACGAGCCAUAGGAGUAGGAGCAGGUGCUCGGGGCGUCGCUAAGGUCACGCAGCCAGUGUUCGCGUCUUUAAUUCCCGUUCAUGCAAUCGAUUUUGGUGCUGUUGGGCAACGAAGAAAAUACUGCUAGAAUUCUGAAAUACGAUACACAAGCAUCGAUGUUUCUCUACACUGUAGCAAAGCUAUAAAAGUUUGAGAGAUAAGAAGUGAAGAUUCACACGUUAAUGUCCGAGAAUGGAUGCGCGAAGAAGACAAUUAUUUAAAUAUUAAUUUGAUUCGCAUCUCCAGAAUGAGAUUUAUCUAUCAGUGUGAAUAUAAAGCUCUCAAGCAUCAUGUCCAUCGUGGAAAAGCCAGAUCGGCAUGCACAGAAUUUCAAACAAAACAGCUGGGAUUCGAAGAAAAUCUGCUUUCUCCGGGUUUGUUGAUCCUUCGUCAAAGUUUUGAUGAGUGGCCAGUCUUCGAAUUGCAAUAGUCGCAAGAAAGGCAACGAGCUUAAUGAUGUAGAGAUUGAUAUACACCUUCAACUGAGAAUGCGAU